ACGUUGCAGCGGGAGGGGGCGGGUCCCUCGGCUCUGCCCGGUGGCGGCGGUUCCCGGCCGCACCAUGGUGGUGCCGGCGCGUCGCGUGAAGACGGAGUACAUGAAGCGCUUCAAGGAGCCGCAGUGGGAGUCGUGCGGCGCGUGCUACCUGGAGCUGCUGCAUUACCGCCUCAGCCGCCGCCUCUUGGAGCAGGCGCACCGGCCCUGGCUCUGGGACGGCUGGGAGCAGGACAGCGGCGGCGGCGGCGGCAGCAGCACCGCCGGCUCCCCCUCACCGCCGGCGGCCGCGCAGGAGGAGGAGGCGGCGGCGGCGGCGGUGCGAGCACCAAGCGAGGCGGGACAGGCCAGCCCCGAGAAAGAAAGAGAAGAUCAAGAAAAGCAGCAGAAGGAAGAGCAAGAAAAAACUCUAGAACACACUUCUGUCAAGGAAACAGACAAAACCAGCCGUACAGGACGACGUCCGAGCCAAAGUGCCUUGCCCAGUCGUAAUGAUCGAAGAUCAGCCAAAAGUCCUCCAAAGACAGAUGCACCAAAGGAGAAUAAACAUCCAUUUGCUCUGUAUGGGUGGGGAGAAAGACAGACAGAUACUGGAAGCCAGAAAACUCACAAUGUCUGUGCUUCUGCUUCAGCAAAUGAAAUUCAUGAAUCUGCUCUGCGGGCAAAGAACAGGAGGCAAGUGGAGAAAAGGAAGCUUUCUCAGAGGCGGGUGCGAUCAGUAGAAGCAGAGAAAGCUUGGCGGAUAAAGCCCUCCCCACCAGACAACCCUUGGAUGACAGAGUACAUGAGAUGCUACUCGGCAAGAGCUCGGUGAAUUUGCAUUCCCUUCAGCAUCUUCAGAAGAAGUUACUGUAUAUCAGGACACUGGUGCAAGGAACCAAACUACUUAUGCAAGGUUUUUACAGGGAGUUUCCAGCUGUUAAAAUAUUUGUUAUGAUAUUUUUAUCCUGGCUACCUACCUCACAGUGGGGUGUAUUGUUGGAGCCAUACCACUUGAAGAGGCUUUUAGAUAUAGCUACCCAACCUUUUAACCAAUUCCCCUUUUGGGAAUUUUUCUAAUGCUUCAGUUGACUUGUUUUUGGGGUGGGAGAGGGGAACUUUGGCAUACAGGAAGUCAAAGCAAACACUUUUUUUGACCUUGGUUACAAAUAAUCCGUUGUCCCUUACUUUAAAAGUCCAAGUCAUGGGGAGGUGGUGUUGGGGAAAGACUUUAAAGGUGUGAUGGAGGUGCCUUUGCAUUUAUAGUACUAUUUAAUACUUCUACCAAAAUUAAGUAUCUUAAGACGGGCAACAGGAAAGCCAGUGGGUCUGGUAAACAGCAUUAAAAAAAUGUAGAUGCUUUAGGCAGGCAAAUAUCAAGUACUGUCUGUAUACAGAAACUUUCACAAAAACCUUGUUUGAUUAGUGAAUCUGCUGAUGCUAACUUUUAUGGCUGUUUCUAAGGUCAUUAGAAUAAACUACUAACUUUCAGGGCAAGAAACAGCUACGGGAUUGUUUUGCUGUUGCUGUGCCUGUUGUACCAAAUAACUGAUGCAGACAAUCAUUACCUGAUAGCUGCUGCUCAGUAAGCAGUUGCUUAUUCUACCAGUAUCAAGUUGUACCACUCUAUUAUGCUUGUGCUUAAUCAUGUAAAUGCCAGGUUAUUGAAGGAGAGGGCUGGCUCCUGAAGUCUAUUUUUAACAUGAAAGAAUAUCUAUUAUUGUCAGUGGGAGCCAGAGUGCAAUAUGCAUUCCAUUUGGUGGUAUUGUACAACUAUACUGUUAAAAGGUUUUAAACGUGACAAUCGUGUUGGUCGAAUUUGUAGAUAAAGUCCCGAGAAGCUUUCUGUCUCUCAAAAUUGGUGCACAGCCCUUCACUGUAGGGAAAUGAGGGCUAGGGGAAGGGAGAGAGGUGUACCUUUUAGUAAACAAGAACACUGAAUGGAGUUAAGAGUACUCUCACUGUGUAGGUCCUACUUCUACAUUCUAAAAGUCAUUGUUUGUGAGGUCCUCUGGGUUUUUUUCCCCUUAAUCUGCUGUAAAUUCUGGAGUUUUUUUUCAGUUUGGUAGCUAAGCUUUAGGCAGAUUAUUGCUGUAGCCGUAAGCUUCAAAGUUUUGUUCAGAUGUGUUGUGUUAUAUAUGUUGGUUAUCUCAGUUUAAUAGUUUUGAAGCUUGUGUAUUGCAGACUGGACACCUUUCCAUAGGAAGCACACUUGCACUUCUGCAGCAGAAACCUGCACUAGUCUUGUCUUUGUUCCAUAAUCUCAGGAGUAAGCAGGACUCUAAGAAUUGCUACUGCAAUAGAGUUACAUGCUUAGUGGAAAGCUUGAUUAAGUUUAUUAAUGGAGAGUAAUCAUGACAAGGGACCAAGCACUGCUGCCUCCUAGUGUUAACUACAUUGGUAAAGGUUUAUAACUCUCAAUUUUAGUCUUAGAAUCUGUGAGAUUAUAAUCUGAUUCUUUUAAGCAUAAAGCAGUAACAAUACAGAUAACUCUUGUCCAGGCUACCUACUAGAGAUCUUACAGCUUUGAAAUCCGAGAAUGCAAAUUAUGAUUAAGUAUGUUUUCUACACAGCAAAAUUACUGCAUUCCAACUUCUAAGUUGGAAUAUAAUUUAGGCCAUAACUUCCUAAGACUUUAGAACAGUGCCCCAAACUGAGGCAAGCCAUUGCAGAGGAUGCCUUUAUUCCAUAUGAGAUUCCUUUUAUUUUUUGCAGUGUUUUCCUCAUUACAUAGCUACUGUAAAUAUGCUAAAGUUGCUUCUGAUGCUGUUUCAAUUGAGAAAUCCACCCUACCUUUGAACAACAGUAUCAAAGGACUAACUUGGUAGUGUUUAACAGUCUUAUUUGGUAAAAGCUCUGCCUGUUCCUGUUGCCCACAGGCUUUGGAGGCUUUAUGUAACUACAGCAGGUGGACUGUGCCCUGAGCGCAUUUUGCCACAUUAGACAGUUCCCUUGUAGGGCAGGACUCAUCUUGCCAUGCUUUCAAAGGCAGCUUCUACAGUUCUCUCUUCUCACUGAGAAUGUAGGUGCCUGCCUUAAGUACCCAUUUUUGAGUAAGAGGGAUCUCAUUAGAUGUUGGUAUUUCCAAUAAUGAUAGGAGGCUUAAAUGUCUUCUUCUUUAGAUACUGGAUACCAAACAUCUCAAACAGGUUCGUUUAGGUGUUCUACAGAGCAUGAGGAUCUUCAACAGCAUCAAGGCUGCUGUAUACUGAGGAAAUGAUCUAAUUUUUAUCCCUGUCUGGUCAAGAGCUGUUCUCCACUAAAACAAUAUGCCAGAAGACAGUGACAGUAAUUGGGUCACAGGAGUCACUGUUAGGCUUUUCCAAAUGGUCUGUAGUUAAAGAUAAUCCUGGUGCUAUGUUGGUACUGUCUUGGUUUAAUUAAUACAAUGCCUGAAGUGAGAGGUAAGUAAUUCUGCAAAUCAGGUAGCCUUUUCCUGCACUGGGAUAAGACUUGACUAAAAAAAUGCUGGUGUGUUUGCUUACACUCCGUGAAACAGCAUAGUUCUGAUUGCUGCAAGUUGUAGAUGCAAAAUAUUUGGCAUGUGCUAGGCUGAACGCUGGAAAAAUGUAAUUUUAGCAUUUUGAUGUUAAAUUAAAAUCCAAUUGACUUGAAAAGCAGCAUUUUCCAAGUGUAACAGCUUUAAUCAUAUUCCAUAGAUUCUUACAGGAGGGGGCUGUUUUACAUCAAAUUGGACUCACUGAAAAAUGGAAAACCUAGUGAAAGUCACCCUGUUUGGUUAAGGAAGUUCUGAACCUUGUCUUGUAUGGAUUCUUGAAUUCAGCCAAGUGAUGAACACUUUGCACUCCUGUUUUAGAAGUAAAACUUUGUAAGAGCACAGUUAAAUACUCAGCUGUCUGAAGUCUUCAUUAACUGUUUAUUCCUUUUUGUUGAUGAAAGUACUUAGCUAAGUGAAACAAGACUUCUACAAUGUGUAAUGCUGCAGUUUAACUAUAGUGUUGUGAAGACUAGAGUUUACAAUGUAAAAUGUUACAAUGAAAACAGUGUAAGAAUGUCCCUGUAAAAUACAGUAGCAUGCCUGUUCGGUCACUGCUGUCACAUCUCUGCAACUGUGCAUUACAGACUCUCUUACCGGAAGCUGAGAUAGUCAAGGUGAUGGCUAAACUUGGAGCCAAACUUAAGGAAACUGAGGGAUGGACUUGAAUUUUGAUAAGAAUUUUAUCCAGGUAGCAAAUGCACAUUUGAAUCACAUAUUUAACAUGUAGGGAAAGUGUGUAUCUGUUCUUAUUUUAUUUUUAUGGUAUAACACAGUGCCACUGGGCUAUAAAGGCCUCUGACUUUAGGUUUUUACUGUGACAGGGACCAAAAGCUAGCAAUCUGAGGGCCUUAUGUCUGGUAACCUGGGUGUUCCUGUUUAUAUUCCAGCUCAGUUAGUACACUCAGCAGCAAAGCCAUAUAUGGAGCCUGACUCGACACCUUGAUAGUAGCCCUGAUAAAAAUAAGGGUACAAGUGAAUGGGAAGCUGCCUCAGCUAUUGUUAGCACUGAAUUCACUUUAAAACCAAUAGGGAAAUACCAUCUAAGCUUGAAGCAAUAUGUGUUUUUUAAAGUUUUUAAACAGUAUUUGUUUUUAAUGCUUCUGUACUGUCUAUAUUUAAUAGUGCAGUGUCAACUUGUACAUGUGAAUAAAAUGA